UUUCUAAAUUUCUACAUUCCUCGCCUGGCUCACUGUGUGCUGCAGAGUCAAGUAACGGGAAAUAGGGGUUUUAUUCCCAGAUAUUCGGCACCAUCUGGCAUCCUGGGGAAUAGGACUGGCUGUCGCUGAGCUUCCCCACGGAGCAAGCGGCCAAAGAGGGAAAGUUGCCUGCAAACAGCUGGGCAGGGACGGCCCGUCCAUUCCAGGCCGCUCAGCGCCCCCAGGGCUCGGCCCCGGCUUCUGGGAGCAGCCGCCUCGCAGAGACCAGCGAGUGAAGGCAGCUGACAGACGCGCACUCACCAGGGGACGGCGCCCAGGACUCACGGCGGGAUGGGGGCGCGGGCCGUCCUGGGCGUCACGCUGGCCGCGGCCUGUGCAGGAGCUUUCUUCGCAUCCAUCCUGAGACGAAAGGACCUCCUUGGGGGGGACACGGAGGCAUCUGGCGUCGCGGGCCUCGUGGAGGCGAGCAGGCUCCUGGUGGACGAGGCCAUUCACACCACGAUGAGAAGAAACCUCCACAAAAGGGGGAUCUUCUCCCCGUCGCAGCUUCUGUCUUUUUCCAAACUCCCGGAGCCCACAAGCCGCACGGCAUCCCGGGCGGCGGAGAUCAUGGCGACGGCGGUCCAGGAGGUGAAGAGAAGGGUUUGCCGCAGGCGAGACGCCGACCGGCUCCCCACAGACGUUUUAUCAGAAGAGCUCCUGAGCACAAUCGCAAACUUGUCGGGCUGCCUGCCCCACAUGCUGCCCCCCAGCUGUCCCCACACCUGCCUGGCCAACAAGUACCGGCUCAUCACCGGCGCCUGCAACAACAGAGACCACCCCAGGUGGGGCGCCUCCAACACAGCCCUGGCCAGGUGGCUGCCCCCCGCCUACGAGGACGGUGUCACGGAGCCCCGAGGCUGGAACCCCCACUUCCUGUACAACGGGUUCCCGCUGCCCCCGGUCCGGGAGGUGACCAGACAAGUCAUCCACGUUUCCAAUGAGGCUGUUACGGAGGACGGCCAGUAUUCUGACCUCCUGAUGGCGUGGGGGCAGUACAUCGACCACGACGUCGCCUUCACGCCGCAGAGCACCAGCAAGGCGGCCUUCGCGGGCGGAGCCGACUGCCAGCUGACCUGCGAGAACCGGAGUCCGUGCUUUCCCAUACAGCUCCCCACCAACGCCUCGGGGGCGGCCGGCGCCGCCUGUCUGCCCUUCUACCGCUCGUCGGCCGCCUGCGGCUCCGGCCGCCAAGGCGCUCUGGUCGGCAACCUGUCCUGGGCAGCCCCGCGCCAGCAGAUGAACGGGCUGACCUCGUUCCUGGACGCGUCCACCGUGUACGGCAGCUCCCCGGCCCAGGAGCAGAGGCUGCGGAACUGGACCAGCGCCGAGGGGCUGCUGCGGGUCAACACGCGCCACCGCGACGCCGGCCGCGCCUUCCUGCCCUUCGCGCCGCCGCCCGCGCCCCCCGCCUGCGCGCCCGAGCCGGGCACCCCCACCGCCCGCGCGCCCUGCUUCCUGGCCGGGGACAGCCGCGCCAGUGAGGUCCCCGGCCUGACGGCCCUGCACACGCUGUGGCUGCGCGAGCACAACCGCCUGGCCGCGGCCUUCAAGGCCCUCAACGCGCACUGGAGCGCGGACACCGCCUACCAGGAGGCGCGCAAGGUGGUGGGCGCUCUGCACCAGAUCAUCACCCUGCGGGAUUACAUCCCCAAAAUCCUGGGCACCGAGGCCUUUGGGCAGCACGUGGGCCCUUACCAGGGCUACGACCCCGCCGUGGACCCCACUGUGUCCAACGUGUUCUCCACGGCCGCCUUCCGCUUCGGCCACGCCACGAUCCACCCGCUGGUGCGGAGGCUGGACGCACGAUUCCAGGAACACCCAGGGUCCCACCUGCCCCUGCGGGCUGCCUUCUUCCAGCCCUGGAGGCUCCUGCGAGAAGGCGGUGUGGACCCCGUCCUGAGGGGCCUGCUGGCCAGACCAGCCAAGCUGCAGGUGCAGGACCAGCUGAUGAACGAGGAGCUCACAGAGAGGCUCUUCGUGCUGUCGAACUCGGGGACCUUGGACCUGGCCUCCAUCAACCUGCAGAGGGGCCGGGACCACGGCCUUCCAGGUUACAACGAGUGGAGAGAAUUCUGCGGCCUGUCCAGACUCGAGACCUGGGCCGACCUGAGUGCUGCCACCGCCAACGGGCGUGUGGCCGACAGGAUCCUGGGCCUGUACCAGCAUCCGGAUAACAUUGACGUCUGGCUGGGCGGCUUGGCCGAGAGCUUCCUCCCUGGGGCACGGACCGGCCCGCUGUUCGCCUGCAUCAUCGGAAAGCAGAUGAGGGCCCUGAGGGACGGCGACCGGUUCUGGUGGGAGAACCCGGGGGUGUUCACAGAAGCCCAGAGGCGCGAGCUGAGCCGGCACUCUAUGUCCCGCGUCAUCUGCGACAACAGCGGCCUGUCCCACGUGCCCCUUGACGCUUUCCGGGUGGGCCAGUGGCCCCAGGAGUUCGAGCCGUGUGCCAGCAUCCAGGGCAUGGACCUGGGCGCGUGGAGGGAGGCCCCUCCUCCAGGGGACGCGUGUGGCUUCCCGGACCCAGUGGAAGACGGGGGCUUCCUGCUCUGUGAGGAGCGCGGCCAGCGCGUGCUGGUGUUUUCCUGUCGUCACGGGUUCCGGCUCCGAGGACCAGCGCAGAUCACCUGCACCCCCCGAGGGUGGGACUCCCCGCCCCCCCUCUGUAAAGACAUCAAUGAGUGUGAAGACGAGACGGACCCUCCCUGCCACGCGUCUGCCCGGUGCAAGAACACCAAGGGUGGCGUCCUGUGCGAGUGCUCGGACCCUCUCGUGCUCGGGGAGGACGGCAGGACCUGCAUGGAUGCCGGGAGGCUCCCGCGGGCGUCUGUGGUCUCCAUCGCGCUGGGCGCCGUGCUCGUCUGCGGCCUGGCAGGCCUCGCCUGGACGGUGGUUUGCAGGUGGACACACGCGGAUGCCAGGCCCUUGCUGCCCGUCGGGGAGGGAGAAGGAGAUGGGAAAAGCCCCUCCCCGCCGCUGCCGGGAUGCGGGAACCGCCGGGAUGUGGGCGCUGCUCCUGCUCUGGAGGUGGAGCAGGACCUGAGCUGUGGAUCCCGAGUCCUCUGCGAGUAGGAACCAGCCUGUGUGCCACAUGUGCUGCCCGCAGGGUCAGAAUCAGAUGCCACCCGCGUGCGUUCCUUUCACAGGCCAGGGAGCAGUGGGAGGGACGAUCAGGGCAUCCAGACAAGCUGGCAGAAUAAACCCUGCCUCCUCGCCA